GUGUCUAAAUCAUUAAGUCAAAAACCAUUAAAAACCUAACCGUAAAGAAUUUUUAUUCCGUAUAAAGAAUUAUAUAUAUAUUUUAAAGAAUUUUAUCUAUUUUAUCAAAUAAUUUCCUGUUAACCAGCAGCAAACGCGAACCAUUAUGUCCAUCGAAGACUUUUCACACGAUAAAGCACUACUUAAUAUUUUAAAAUGCUGCAAAACACUUCCUGAAUUUCUGGAUACAAUAUUUGGUUUCCUAAAGCGAAAUACUGAUUUUUACGAGAUUUCCGAUUCACAAAACUCAAACAUGGGACUCCCUCCUCAAAUGGCAGAAAACAUUGUGAAAACUGCCUUUUUCAAGUGGAGAAUGUCUCAGAAAGGAAGAAUUCCUCCUUCAGAUGCGCCUCCAAUAUCCAGCAGUGAAGCUGAAUUAACUGGUAUUCCAAAUGAAGCAAUUGCAAGUUCUAGUAUGGCUCCAAAUGAGUCAAAGAAGCAAAACCUCUGUUUUAUUUCAGCUGAAUGUUACAAUGGAGCUGUUACAGACCAGUACAUGUGGUCACAAACAAUAAAUGAUCUGGAUGUUGCUAUCGCCUUGGAUGGAAACGUUUUACCUAAGCAUUUGGUUGUGGAGCUCCAUGCAAAACAUAUUUUGGUUAAGAAUAAACUAACACAACAAACUGUUUUAAUAGGGGAUUUGCCACAUUCUGUAAAACAUUCAGAGGCAAUUUGGUGGGUUACUGCCCAGAAACUGGAGAUUCACCUAGACAAGAUGCAGGAGAGAUGGUGGGAUAGACUGUUCACCCAUGAAAAACCACUUGAUGUAUCGAAGCUAGAUUGUUCUCGACCUUUCAACGAAUUAUCAGAUGAAGCUCAAGCGAAGAUUGAAGAGCUGCAGUACAAUCAGGAUCGUUGGCGGCAGGGUUUGGCGUCGAGACCGCACAAAACAAUGGAGUCGACCCUGAAGGAAGCCUGGAAUGCAAAAGGAUCACCUUUUAGUGGUUCAUAUGAUUGUAGCAAGGUGAUUCUCGAAAACUAGAAGGUAUAUCUGAAAAUAAUCUCCAAUUUACACGCUUGCUGUUUAUAUUUUAACUUUUCAAUCAUGUAUGAUGUAUGCGAUUUGAUAGCAAUAAAAGGGGUUGUUUCUUGUUUUAUAUAAAACGAAA